CCCGAUGGCGGAAGGUGGAACUUCCUGUUCUGACCGGGGCGCCAGUUUAGUGUGUGUCGAAAACUACGGAGUGGUUGGCUGGUGAAUGACGAUCAGAGUAUCGGAAAAGGUGCUCUCAUUGCUAUUUGGGUUUGUGGGCGGGCAUAGAAGAAGGCGAUAAAACCGCGGUUGUAGCCGAGGUGAACAGGAAGAAGAAGGGAGAAGAAGAAAGAGAACGAGCCGGAGAAAAAAAGCGUAAGGAAGGUGCCCGUGACCGGAGGAUGGAAGCGGAGAAGAUGGAUGAGAAUGAAUGGCGAUAUCACGGGGAGGGCAACAAGAGCCUCGUCGUCUCCCACAGACAGCAUUGCAUAGUACUGCGCUUCUUGAAAUUUCCUCCAAACCGAAAUAAGACACCAGAAGAAAUAUCUCAUCAUCUUCAGAACAUAGUGUAUUUUGGCAAACACAUCAUGAAGCACUUUUUUGGGGAGAAAUAUGUUCAUCAUGGGGAAGUUGUCCAGCUGUCUUUGGACUUUGUGAAACAACUUUGCUUAAAGAUCCAGGCAGAGAGGCCAGAAUCACGCUGUGAUAAAGAGAUGGAUUUUCUUAGUGGUUAUGCUUUGUGCCUUCCUAAUCUCACCAGGAUGCAUUUUGUUGAACAUCGUCCUAAACUUUGUAUAGAAAUUAAGCCAAAAUGUGGAUUUCUCCCCUUUUCCAGUCAUGUUUCACAAGAUAUAAAAUAUAAAGUUUGUCGUUACUGCAUGCACCAGCAUCUAAAGGUAGCAAAAGGAAAAUGGAAACAUCUAAGUAAAUAUUGUCCGCUAGAUCUGUUUUCAGGAAAUAAACAGCGAAUGCACUUCGCCUUGAGAAACCUAUUAUAUGAAGCACAGAAUAAUUUAAAAAUAUUUAAGAAUGGUGAAUUAAUUUAUGGCUGCAAAGAUAAUGAGGAUUCUCUCUCUGAUUUGAAUGAACUUGCUUGCCACCUGAAACCUUUCUUCUUUCCUUCAAAUGGCCUGGUCAGUGGGCCUCAUUGUACAAGGACAAUUCUGAAAGAGUUGAUCCAUGUAAUAACAACAAUUCUACUGAGUAAUACAGAAACCUGUAAAGCAGGUGAUUUGAAGACAGUUCCCAGCUCACAAGGAAGGAGUUAUUGUGAAGCCAGUGCUUUCAGUAAAGAGCUAGGGCGGAAUGCUAAAAACAAAAUAGAGACCUCUGGCUUGCCAAGGGGAUGUCUCCUUUACAAAACACUUCAGGCUCAAAUGCUGGAUACACUGGAUAUAGAAGGGGUUUAUCCUUUGUACAACAGAGUUGAACAAUACUUGGAAGAGUUUCCCAAAGAGAGGAACGUACUACAGAUUGAUGGGCCUUAUAAUGAAUCAUUCUAUGAGAAGUUAUUAGAUCGCUCAAGUGAGGAUGAUGGAACAAUAACAUAUGCAUUGACAAAGGUUCAGCAGUAUAGAGUUGCAAUGACAGCAAAGGACUGUUCCAUAAUGAUUGUGCUUUCACCUUGUCAACAAGAUGAAUGCUCUGAGCAGAGGCCAGUGGUUCUAACAUCAAAAUCAAGAUUCACCUUUUCAGUUUCUGUCCUGGAUUUAGACCUGAAGCCAUAUGAAAGCAUUCGUCAUCAAUAUAAGCUUGAUGGGAAGAUAGUGAACUAUUACCUGAAGAGGACACAAGCCAAAGAUGACUCAGUAAUGUCAAAUCUUUUAAAAGAAAAUGAAGACUGCACACUAGUCCUCCAUAAAAUAAACACAAAAAAGUCCCGAGAUUGCCUUGAAGAAUGCAUUUAUUGUGAGAGAUAUGUACUAUUAGUUUGAAUGAAAUGACUAUUCUAUGACUGUAGAAGAGAAUUUGAUUGUUCAAAUGUGGAAAACCAGUAUCCUUAUUAAAAUUCUAAAUGCAGCUAUAACUAUAUAUGAAUUGCUGAGUACCACUUGUUUAAAAUAAAUAAGGUGAUCUGAUCAAAUUACAAAAUUUUUGAUUAGAAAUAAUUCUAGAUUCUUAAUACUUCUUAGACUGCUGCUUGCAUAUGUAUUGUCUCUUAUGUUCAAAGUGAUCUUAUGUAGUUGUUCUCCGAAUUGUUCAAAACUUAUUAAAAAGAUUUAAUGUAUAAAGAACCCCCCCUUUCUUGAAUAAUGAUAAAAACAAUUAGCUCCCUUAUUAAAAAGGAGGUUUUAGAAAUUAUGUAAUGUAAACAGUUACUAUUAUAAUUAGCUAUUUUCAGCAAUUCUCUGCAGCAUAUGCCUCAUUAAUAUCCUUUUCAGUUGCCUAAGCCAUUCUGAGGUUUCAGUGGGUAACAAUUGAGAAGUUCAAAAUAUUCCCAUGAAUUUUCUCAAUAAUAGUUCUUUAUUUUUCUGUCUGCAUUUUUGCUUGACUUCUCUUUAGACCUUCAACAGUAGCCAUUUGCUUUGCUAGGGCAUACAAGUUCAGUAACAAUUGGAUUUUUUUAUCCUGAGCUCAACAUUAUUGAAGUAUUAAAUGUUCUCAGCAAAGGGGGAUCUCUCUCUCUCUCUCUGCAAGGGUUGUUAGGUCUUUUUUUU